AAGAUGAACAUAAAAAUUGGUACUUCUUCAAAUGUUUUAAAAUGAAAUUAAAAGAAGAAGAGGAAAAGCUUUUGAAAGAAAGAAAGAAAUGGGAAUUGUUUGAUCAUACAGAAACGAAAAAAGUAGAUGCAAAAAUUGUAUUCAAAGGAGCCAUUGGAGGAUGAAGCAUGAAGGAUCAAGCACUUCAAUCUAUACAUGAAAGAGAGAAUGACAGAAAAACAGAUAUAAAUGAAAACACUAUUUCUUGGAUGUUAACAGUACCUGCUAUUUGGUAAGAUGUUGCAAAGAACUUUAUGAGAAAAGCUGCAGAAGAGGCUGGAAUACCUGGAAAGAAGUUGACCCUGGUAUAUGAACCAGAAAUGGCCGCCCUUUGGUUUGUGAAGGAAAAUGAAAUUGCUUCUUGUACAAAAUUUAUCCUCCUCGAUCUAGGAGGUGGAACUAUUGAUAUAUCUGUUCAAGAAGUGCUGCAGGAAAACACAACUCGACAAUUAGUAUCUCCAAAGGGAGUUCCAUGUGGUGGCACUACACUUGAUGAAAGUUUAACCCAUAAAAUUGAGAAAAAAUUUGCCAACAAUAUUGAAAUGUUUCACAAGAAUGAACCAAAAAAGUAUGUAGAACACCAAAGGAAAAUAGAAUUUAAGAAAAGAAGUUAUAGCAGGUCAGAAGGAAAUUUCACUUUAAGUGUCUCCAAAAAAUUAAGUAGAUCGGAAACAGAACAGUCUGUAACAAUUACAGAGGAAGAAUACAAAACUUUCUUAGACCCAAUAUUGGAGAAAAUUGAUAACAAAAUCGAGGAAAUCGAAAAGACAUGUAAACAGGUUUCUUACCUUGUGCUUAUCGGGGGAUUUUCGAAUGACGCAAGAAUAAGAAAACACUUUCGUAAUAAAUACAAAUCAAAAUACACUAUUAAAACUCCAGGAAAUCCGGAUCUGGCUGUAUUGAAUGGUGCAGUACUUUUCGGACAGCGAGAAUCUGUCGUUACAGAAAGAGUUUGUAAAUGUACUUACGGGUUCGCAAUUUUUAAAAAAUUUGACAAAACUCAAAAAGCUGAAAAGAUACAUAAAAAAGGGGGAGUUACUUUGGUGAAAGAUUGCUUCAAGGUUGUGUACAAAAAGGGAGAAAGAGUAUCAACGGAUGGUAAGUCUUUUAAGGAAAUUCCGGUGUUUGAUGAAUUUGGGGCUGAUAGGGUUGAUAAACGCAAAGACCCUAUAGUUAUACACAUUUCUCUUCUGAAGAAGAAAAUCCUCAGUAUACGGAUGACCCAUCUUGCAAAUAUCUCUGUGAAAUGAAAAUGAAUCCCCCCGGAGGAGAAUGGCCCGCGAGGGUGAAGGGAAAAGUCAGGUUCAGAGUAGCUGGAACUGAAUUUGAAGGAGAACUCUAUUACAAUAAAAAUGUUAAACAAGAUGAUUGUGUAUUUGAAUAUUUGAUUUGAUUACCAGUGUACAGAUAAAGUUCAUAGAAAUGUAUUUAAAAUUUCAACUGACGAUUUUAACAGGAAUUCGCAGACAGUGCAUAUAGGUAUACA